UCUAUCGUGACGUUGUGCUCUACCAGAACGAUUAUGUUGGCUUCAACAGGAGAGCCUACUUUGACAGGGCAGAUCUCCGCCAUAUGGCAGUAGAUUGGGUGAAAUGCUGUUAUCUGUGGCUGCUGUUGUGGCUCUACAUCUGGGCGUCCGAGUCCAGAAACACCCGACGUUCUCUGGACGAUGACCUCCUCCAGCCUUAUACACGGGGCCACGGCCCCACACACUCUCACCGCCACGUCAGGGCCUGUCAAGCCGUCAUUUAUGGCAACACCACCCAUGAGAGCUGGCCCUCCAGUAGCCGAGGAGGGCGGCCGGUUGCCGAGUCAAAUGUGUUUGUGACGGAUGUGGAGGAAGGCACCAGAUGGGUUCUUGGUCACAUGACUGUGGUCCACGACCCGCUGAAGGCGAUGUCUGUGUUGGAACCAGGAGGGCUCGAUGGCUGCAGGAUGCAUCACCGGGUGUCUGUGGAGGACACAGCUAAAGCUGCUGGGUGCCUGUAUGCCCAAAACGGUGGAUUCUUCAACACAAAAUCAGGAGAGUGCCAGGGAAACGUGGUGAGCAGUGGCAGGCUGGUGCGGGACAGUGGCGGGGUGCAAAAUGCCCAGUUUGGGAUAAGGAGUGACGGCACCCUGGUGUUUGGGUAUCUGUCACAGGAAGAUGUUUUAGACCGGUCCAACCCAUUUGUUCAGUUGGUCAGUGGAGUCAUAUGGCUGCUGAGGAAUGGAGAAAUAUACAUCAAUCAGAGUUUGGAGGCUGAGUGCAGUGAGAUCCAGGAGACGGGGUCUUUAAGGUAUUUUGUGGAUGUGGUGUCGGCCAGAACAGCAGUGGGCCACGACAAAGAGGGACGGCUAAUCCUGUUUCAAAUCGAUGGUCAAACAAAGAAAAGAGGAAUGAAUCUUUGGCAGGUAGCUGAGUUCCUGAAGAGAAAUGGAGUGAUCAAUGCCAUUAAUUUGGAUGGAGGCGGGUCUUCCACCUUUGUGACUGAUGGCUCUCUGGCCAGCUACCCCUCUGAUCACUGCACAUCUGACAGCAGGUGGCGCUGUAGCAGAGAUGUCUCCACUGUUCUGUGUGUUCAUCAGCGACGUUGUCAUCCAGCGAACUGCAGCGAACACGGUGAAUGCGUUGACGGACACUGCCAUUGUCAGAGGGGCUGGCAGGGUCCCGCCUGUGACACCCUGGUGUGUCAGCCUCCCGCCUGCGGACCUCAUGGUGUCUGCACUGCCGGUGGCUGUGUCUGUGAUGCUGGAUGGAGAGGGGCUAACUGUAGUGAAGGGUGUCUCCCAGGUUUCUACGGUGACGCCUGCAGCAAAACCUGCUCCUGUUUUAACGGCGGCUCCUGUGAUCCAGUCAGCGGACGCUGCAUCUGCCCGCCUGGUUUCCAGGACAAAACCUGUGAAAAAGUGUGUCCUUUGGGUUUCUUCGGUGCGUCUUGCGCUCAGGAGUGUCGCUGUGACGACUUGUGUCCAUGUGACCCGCAGACAGGAAGCUGUAACGCCACAUUACCAGGAGAGACCAAUUCCACCUUACACAGAGCUGGACACUGCCUGGCCAGACAGAUGAUUACAUCCUGGAGACGAGAAGAAGAAGCUCACAGAAAGCAGCCUUAUUUAACAGAGCGGUCGUGGCUGAUCAUCACCCUCGUCCUCACCUCUCUUUUGUUGGCCAGCCUGAUUGUUCUUCUUCACCAGGCAUGUCAACAGUCAGCGACCUCCUGCUUCCCUGAGCACACGGAUUAUUCCUACGUACCUCUACGUGACAUCAACGGAGCCGCUUCGUGUGCUAGAGAAACUGGGGAAUCUGGGAAUGGGAGCUUGGGACUGGAGUACUCUGAUUUUGAGGAGGAAAUUUGGUCUCCGUUACAUUCAGGAAGGUCGUAGCUGCCUGGAAGACGGAAGAUGAGGAGUGAGAGCACUGUUAUUGCACUGAAACGCAUCUUUCAUGCUCUGUCAGUAAUGUUGACUAAUCUUCAUCAGUGGACCUGCUGAUAUGAAACACGACGAAGCACAACAGUUUAUUUACAUUGCUCGCAUCAAACAUAUCAGAUGUUUCUAGAAGCUUUUAGCAGCUUUUCUGAACUUGGCUCUGGAGUUUUUUUGUGAGUCGAGGCGUUUCAACCUGAAGAGGAACAGAAGCAGAUAAAAGUUUGAUUUUGUCUGUAAUCUCUGGGGUCUGUUUUAGCUCAAGGUACGAUGAUGUUUGCUGACCUUUGAAUGUGAACUGGAACUGUGAGCUCUAACCUGCACAGAGCGAUACUUUCUCAGCUUUCUGGGUAAGCUCACGACACAAACACAGUAAAUUACAUCCCUGACAAAAUCCCACCCAGAUAGAGACUGUUAUAAAUGGUAUUUUUACUGGCAGUGGGGUGUUACAGGCCUAAAACAUGGUGUUUCAAUGACUUUAACAUUUUGUUAGAAGUUUCUUACACACUUUUCUAAAAAUAUUUGGCAAACUGGCAUCAGUUUUUUAUAGGAAUGGGAGAUUGUUUUUCUGUUGAUAAGGUAAUAGCUUAAUGAAUUUUUAAUGUAUAAUUUUAAAAUAUUUUGUGCCUCCAAGAAACCAAAAAUAUUGCAGGAUUUUUCAAACUUUGGGCCCCUUAUAAAGAUUGUAAAUGAUUACAUAUUUAGGACAUUUUUAGUCUGGAACCCAUUACCUUUAAAAUUCUUUUGUGAUAAAGUUUUGAAGUUGAAAUGUUGAACUUUUUCCUGCUUGGUCAGAUAAAAUUGCAUCUAAAGAACAGUAAUGUUCAAAGCGAACCAAAUAGUAAUCAGUUUCAUUGUGAUGAUGGUUUUUAGCUCAAUGUUUGAGUGAAAUAUUCUGUUUUCCUCUCAAAAAUUUGACCUUUAGGGGUAGCAUCUCUCAGGUAAAGUUCGCUCUUGUUUUAUGAAGCCAAAGAAAUGAGAGGAAAAUCAAACUGCAAUGAACAAAAUGUAGACUUUACUGUCUUAGCUUCAGCAGAUCGUCCUUGGAAUCCCUCCCUAUCUAUUAACAUCAUAUUGCAUCAACCUAGGUAUGUACCCAUCUACAGCAUGGGUGCCCAAGUCCAGUCCUGGAGAGCUACUACCCUGCAACUUCUUGAUGCAUCCAUGCUCCAAAACAGCUGAAUCAGAUGACCGAUUUCCAUCAUCAGUCAUUCAGCUGUGCAGAGGCCUGGUAACGAGCCGUUAUUCAGAUGUGUUAGAGAUGCGUCUAAAGGUUUAAAGGAUGGGAGCUCUGAAGUAAAAUGGCAGCUUGACACCUCAGAUGUAUAUGGAUGGGAUUUCUGGGUUGAUUUCUUUGCUGGUGGCAAGAAGCAAAAUACAUAAAUCAAAGCAGAUUUUUUUUCAUAUUUUUCUUUGAAACAAGAAAACUAUUUCAGUAAUUAUGUUUGCUUUUAGGAUGUGAUUUAAAAAUUCACACAUUUAUUAGUCUGAAUGGAGCAAAACUAUAAGUUCUGGCUUUUGGAAAGAUGUCACCUGAGAUGGUUUCAUCCUUUAAACAUUGGAUCAAAAUUUAAAUCUGAUAUAUUUAUAAAGUGUCUUUUAAAAACUGUCAGAUGCCGUCCAAUGUGCUGUGGAUACAAUGAAAAAGAUAGAAGAGAUCAUAAACACUAAAAGGGUGAUAAUCAUGUGAAAAAUAAUAAGGAAUGAAACCACAAUAACAGUUCAUAAUCAUUCGAUUUGAAACAGAUGCAUCUUGGAUUGUUGGAUCUUCUAAACUGGACUGUCAUCAAUAGCUUUGAGACUCCAGAGAAACCUUCUCGCUGGUUCAGCUGUGCUAUUUGCACAUGAAGCUUAUUAAUUUCUACCGGUUCUUGCUCAGGUUCUGUCUCUGUUAUAACUUGCAUAAUUCUGCACAGACUUCUGAACAACACAUGCAAUGAAUGUACUGGAUCAAGUUGAGGUCAUAGUGUCAGUGUCACUGAAGACCGCCAUUAAUUUUAAUGUAAAAUAAAACAUGUCUGAGGUCAUCGUCUUAUUCAGCUCCCAGACUGGUGAUGAAGCAGGUGGUGGAGCCUUGUUACACCCUCCACCACCAUCAUGUUACCAUGAGGAUUCUCCAGCCUGCAAACGUAUCUGAUUAAGCUUCAGGCAAGGCUGAACUUUCACCCACGGGUGUCUGCAGCUUUAGGGACAUUUCUGCCAAGUGGCAUUGCUCUGAAGCAUUAAUUUGACCUCUGACCUUGGCCACUGGCUGCACACUUAACACUGGAUAACUUUACGUGAAAACCAAACUUUGUUUCAGGUCAAUUUGUUAAUUUUCUUUUACUAAAAACCAAAACUUAAAGAUUUGACCUGAUCUGCCAAGGAAAGGGAAAACAAGGAACUUUAAUUUGAACCUGUGGCCAUUGAUAUGUUCCAGUUUAGCUGAUUCUUGAUUACAGACUUGUACAAUGAAAAACUGAACAGUUGGGUUUCCUUUGCCUGACAGAGUUUAAAGCCUAAAAAUAACCAUGAAAGCACCAGGUAUGCUUCCCUGCUGCCUGCAGAGCAGACUGCAGGGAAGCAUGAACUAUUCUGCUCUCUGAAGCAUUGCCCAGUUGCUCAACUAUGCCAGUCAUGUUUUUCACUGCAGAGCUGAAGUAUUUUGUCACAGGCUUCCUACUCUUCAUCACAUUACCAUUUGCUUAGUAAAAACCUGCCACAAGAUGCACUUUGUACUGCAGACAGCAUCAUUUUCAGAAAACACAGCCUCCAUGGUCAGUAGAUUUCCCUAUUUCAGCUACUGUUGCUUGCUUUUUGUAUUAUAAACGGUUGCAUAUCAGCUGACAUGAAAAUAAUCCUCAAAACGUUUUGCCAGGAUGUUUGUGACUUAAUAAAAGAAACAGAGAUGCUCUAA